CCCCACCCAGGGGGAUGGAUGUCGGGGUGCAGGUCCACCAUCCCAGGCAUCCCAUCCCUUCCGCAGGGCCCUGGCGGGCACAGCCAGAGCCCACACACUCGAGCUCCAGGCUGGCUACUCACUGCGAGGGCGGGAGGGCCCUUCACAAGCCACUGAUGCCUACACCUGGGGGUGUCUGUGAAACGCCCCAACCCCCCCACACAACGCUCGCACGCAUGCGCCACCACGCCUGUCACCGGUCCUACCUGCCCAGGACCAGCUUCUAGGUCAGGCCUGGGCACGACUUCCCGGGAGAACCAGCACAGGUGCUGCAGGCCGGGCUCAGCUGCGCAGCUUGGGGUGUGCGGUGGCCAUGGCCUGGGGACUGUGGGGCAGGGCCCGAGGGGGCCCUGUGGGGGCUCUAACCCUGUCGGCUCUGGCUGAAGGCAUCCAAGCCAACCAGGGACAGACCCCAGGUCGCUCUUCUGCUGGUCCUCAGCCUGAACGUGCGCUUGAACCUGAGGUGGAGCCUCGGAGUGCAAGUGCCAUCCCCCCAGCCAGUAGGGAGCUGUGCCCCUCGCCCAGCGGGCAAGGUCCCGCCCCUGAGGGACCCCACCAGGAACCCCAGAGUUCCUGGGAAGAGGGGGCGCUCGCUGACCUGGCCUUGUACACGGCUGCCUGCCUGGAAGAGGCUGGCGUUGUGGGGACCCAGGCAACAGCGCUCAUGCUGUCUUCCGCUCUGGAGGCCCGGGGGGAGCAUCUGGAGGACAACGUAAGCCACGCCCCCCCGGGGCCCCUGACACUCCUGCUGCGGAGUUCCAAGGUGUAUGUCCUGGUGCGAGGGCUGCUGGCGCAGGUGCCCAGCUUGGCCCAAGGGAGGCCCCGGCAGGCGGCCCUGCGGGUGAUGAGCGCACUGGCCCUGGAGCACGCGCGGGAAGUGGUGUGUGCGCUGCUGCCAAGCUCGCUGCCCCCCGACCGGGCAGCUGCCGAGCUGUGGCGCAGCCUGAGCCGGAACCAGCGCGUAAACAGGCAGGUGCUGGUCCAGCUGCUGUGGGCGUUGAGGAACGAAGCCCGGCCUGAGCUCGAGGCGCUGGCGGCCACUCGGGCCCUCGGGGAGAUGCUGACUGUGUCUGGCUGCGUGGGUGCCACUCGGGGCUUCUACCCACACCUCCUGCUUGUGCUGGUUACACAGCUACACCGGCUGGCGUGGCAUGUGCGCUCCCCGGACACCCCUAAGGUGCAGGCUCCAUGGCACCGAGGGCCCCCGCACAGCCACGCCAGCUGUGCUGUGGAAACCUUGAAGGCUCUGCUCACUGGGGAUGGAGGCCGCAUGGUGGUCACGUGCAUGGAGCAGGCCGGGGGCUGGAGGAGGCUGGUGGGAGCCCACACCCACCUAGAAGGCGUCCUGCUGCUGGCCAGUGCCAUGGUGGCCCACGCUGACCACCACCUGCGGGGCCUUUUUGGGAACGUGCUGCCCCAGCUACGCAGCCCCGAGGACACGCAGCGCCUCACGGCCAUGGCCUUCUUCACGGGGCUGUUGCAGAGCCGGCCCACAGCAGGCCUCUUGAGGGAGGAGAGCGUCCUGGAGCGGCUCUGCGCCUGGCAGGGCGACCGCGAGCCCACUGUGCGCUGGCUGGGCCUGCUGGGCCUGGGCCACCUGGCGCUGAACCGCGGCAAGGUGCGGCACGUGAGCAGGGUGCUGCCCGCACUGCUGGACGCGCUGGGCGAGGGCGACGCGAGGCUCGUGGACGCCGCGCUGCGCGCCCUGCGGAGGCUCCUGCUGCGGCCUCGGGCUCCCGUGCGGCUGCUGAGCGCCGAGCUGGGGCUCCGCCUCCCGCCGCUGCUGGACGACGCCCGGGACUCUGUGCGCGCCUCGGCUGUCGGGCUUCUGGGGACGCUGGUGCAGCGGGGCCGGGGCGGGCUCCGGGUGGGGCUCCGCGGCCCCCUGCGGAAGCUGGUGCUCCGGAGCCUCGUCCCUCUGCUGUUGCGCCUGCAAGAUCCCAGCCGGGAUGCUGCUGAGAGUUCAGAGUGGACCCUGGCCCGCUGUGACCAGGCCUUGCGUUGGGGCCUGCUGGAGGACAUGGUCACGGUGGCCCACUACGACAGCCCUGAGGCCCUAAGCCGCAUCUGCCACUGCCUGGUGCAGCAGUACCCGAGUCACGUACCCAGCUUCCUGAGCCAGACCCAGGGCUACCUGCGGAGCCCACAGGACCCCUUGCGCUGGGCAGCGGCCGUGCUCCUAGGCUUCCUCGUCCACCACACGUGCCCAGGCUGCGUCAGCCAGGACCUGCUGGACUCCCUGUCGCAGGACCUGGGGCAGCUGCAGAGUGACCCGGAGCCAGCCGUGGUGGCCGCCGCCCACGUGUCCGCCCAACAGGUGGCGCUGCUGACCCACGCACAGGCCGGGCCCCGCAGCCUGCGACUCCUCCUCCGGGCAGGCCUCUGGCCCCAGCUCUGCCCCCGCCGGCCCCCACCGGCCUUCAGCGACAGCCCUUUCCAGCCCCGCAGCUUCAUAGGCCGCUGGGGCUGCGUGGGACCUGGCUGAGCCCAAACAGAGCCAGCCCAGAGGGUGCCUGGGGCCAAGUCAGGCUCUGGCCAGUCCCGGCCAGGGCGGGUCUGCAGAGGAGGCUCACAGGUGCAGGUGGGCAGCCUGGGCCUGGUCCUGGGUGCACACACACCCUCCCCGUCCAAGAGCACUCCGCCUGGCAGCCUCGGGGCCUAGGACAGCGGUGCCUCCUGUCCCAGCACCAGCUUGUCCUCAGCCUCCUGUGCCUCCUGCACCCUGGACGGCACCCAGCCUCGUGAGCUGGGGUCUGGUGGGGACAUCGUGAAACUGGCCUGACCGUGGGAGCCGGCGCCACCAUAGGGUGUCUGCUUUCUGGGCCUGCGCACAGCCCGGCUCGGCCUCCCCGACCCGUCUGGGCUCUCCUCCCCAGCAGCCCCUCAAUCCCCGUCCCCCAUCCCGUCUCCAUGCCCCCACCCCAUUCCUGCUCAUCGUGUCACACCACCCGAGCCUUCUCCUGGUUUCCCCUGACGUCCCCACUGGAGGCUUGGGACGACACCUGUGGCUUCAGGUGUGAGGUACCACCGUCAGCACCCCACCAGGCCGGGCCCUCACACCGGCUCUCCAGCGCCCUGUGUGGGCUUGGACGAGGACAGCACGACUGGGCAUGCAGGGAGGAAGGCCCUCUCGAAGCCGGCUCCUCCAGAACGCCUACUUUGAACUAUUCUCUCUCCCGCCUCAGAGAGGCCUUGGCUCACAGCCUCUUGGGGGGCUGGGAGAAGUCCUCCCAGUCUGGAGACCCCUUGGGGUCCUGUGGGAAGUGUUUUAAAUAAACACAGGUGGAUGAAA